AUGGCUGAAAUACACACGCCAUAUCCUUUCUUGAAGAAACUGUUGUCUUUAUUCAAUGGCUUUACGGCUGUGUCUGGCACGGUCCUCGUUGGCCUGGCUCUUGGGGUCAUGUAGCAAAAGGUUGCACUGACGAAGGUCCUCGGGAUGCCCUCUGCCUACCUCUGUCUCUCUGGUUAUGUGAGCCGGAAUGGAUGCAUCACCUUAGUGCUCAGCCUCGCUGGGUGGUAUGGAGUGACCGCAGAAAGCAGAGGCAGGCUCCUGACUUGUUUCCUGUUCCUGGUUAUUGUCAUUCUGGAAGUCAUGAUGGCAUCCGUGCUGCUUGUAGUCUUCCCAAUUCGACUCACCCUGGCUGCGUCUGCUCCUGGUCUCUCCCGGGAGGCUCAGGAUGUGGCCUUUGAGCACACCGCUCUGAUGAGGAGGAAUUACUGGUACAAUGGGUCCAAUGACUUCUCUACCCUCACAGGGAGUCAUGAUGGCUCUUCCUUUCAGGAGACAACCGGCCACUCCUACCCUAGGGGCUGUUGUAAAUCCACAGACACUCUGGACUGUGAUGGGUAUAAUGUGUCCUUGGAUGUCAACUCUCAGGGGACCUUCUUGUUGUCUGUGGGCAAUGGCAUCUUUGGGGAGCCUGAGAAAAUUGAGAUAAUGGUCAAGCCUUGGAGAAACUAG